CGAUUCCAUUUACAUGAACUAACAAUGCCCUACAAUUUGGUAUGAAUUAGAAUAUUAUUCCCGAAUGGCACAAGGUCGAAGAUCGAGUUGAGAAAUUAGCCUCCUAUGUACAGGCUAUAGAAGAUAUGCGCCGAUUUGUCACGGAAAUCAUGCCUCGAACCAAUGAUCUACUCCAUGAUAUUCAGCAAUUACAAGCGUUUCUCGAUCUUCGUGUCAAAAUGUACGAUAAAAACUUGGCCGAAAAUGGUCAGGCAUGGAAAGCUUUGGGCAUGAUGGUCGAUGAUCAACUCAUUGCCACGGCCAAAGAAUGGAUUUACCGCAUCGCGCUUACUUUGCUGGAAGAUAUCUAUACAGAGCAUGGAAAACAACGGGUGUCACCGGUGCAAGACGAGCAGAUGAUGGAUUGUCUUCUUCACGGACUUGAAUUCGUGGGUUCAGCGAUGCAAUUCAUUGGCGUUUCAUCGGUUGAAAUCACGUACCGAUGUCAGAUACUUGCAGAUGUGUAUUUACAGUGGAUCUCGAAAGCGCUGGAAACAUUGAAUAACACAUCACGAAAAGAAAUCGAUUCACCUUGUUUACCCAAACUCUCGAUCAAUAGUAAAUCCAUGCGACCGGAUUUACGAUUAAUGCAUUUAAUGGAACAUACCUCUCGAUUACUGACGGCGCUCCAAUGGGUUCGCGACAUCCGUGAAACCCACUUUGACAGUCCCGCAUGUGUACCGCAAAUUACGGCGACGCUGGUUGAAAUUUGCAUACGAGCAUUAUCGGUUGUGGAGACAAUCAAGAAUGCAGGAGGACACGGUUCAAAUUAUGCAGCCUCGAAACGGACCAAUAUUAUGGCGGACCCUCAAGUGAUUAUCAUGCAUAUGGAAGGCUCCAUUCUAGCCUUUGCAGAAAAAGUUAUUUUACUAUCAAAGGAACAAACCACUUUUCAUCAUCCUAGUGUUCAGGUAAUAUUCCUUGGCUGAUUCAAGUGACAUGGUGGUGAUGUGGCACAAUGGUAUAUUCACUCUGUUCUCCUAUAGCGUCUCCGUUCACGAUUAGAAGACAUUGAAUCCAUGCUUUAAACAUUCAUGUGUUUGUCGAAAACGACUGUUCAAGGGAAACUACUCACUAUGCAUAUUUUCUUUUCCUUCUUUCUUUUUCCUGUUACACUACACAAGAUCAACCCGUCGCUUUCUCCUCAUUGUUUUCUCUGGAAAAAAAAGGCCCUGUUCUGCAAUCAAUAAAAAUCAGCCCGGACGACAUGUCAAUCACGAAAAAUUCUUGCUCUUUGCAUAGGUUGGCGUUUCCGUUCAUUUUAUUUACAACACAACUGCCACCCGAGAUGAAUAAAGUCUAUACAGAAUGUCUGUUUUACCUUUGAUAACG